GGGAGGAGGAAGGGACUCGGAUGGCUUUCCCAUAUUCGCGCAUCACAAGAGCUCCCUCCGCCCGUUCCAGCGAAGUCUGACUGGUCCCUUCCUUCUUGUGACGAGCAUGACAACAAAGAAGAGGUGAGGGAUGCGUUCAAGAUCUACACAGACGUAUGUAGACGCACAUCCAUGAUGAUUUUGUUUCCUCGCUUCAGUUCCACAUCAGGUGAUGUUCUCCUUGGCUUCGUCGGGCCACCCCUGAGUGCAUCGGAAGCAACUGACCCAUCGGUGUCACGGAUUGGAGGCAAACCGGUACGCCACAUCAACGAUAGAUAGGAAACGAUUUUGCUGAUGCAUGCUGUUCACAUGGAUUCUCUUGCGUGAGUCGCAGGCCUGGUUGGGUGAGGCACCACUUGAGUCUUCGCUGCGCUGCGGCAUCUGUGUGGGAGAUCUGACAUUCGUCGCCCAAAUGUAAGCGACCGUGGCGACACUUUAGGGCCCGUCCACUCACUCACUCACUCAUUCACUCACUGUGUUGGUCGUUGGCUCUGUCGAUGUCUUCACGGUUAGGGACACCACUUACGAGUCUUCGCACCACCGUGUGCUGUACCUGUUCACGUGCCUCCAUCACCUGGACACAGCCGCAUCGGCCGCAUUCCCAAAACCAUGCUGCCUCUACACGCAGGGCUGGAAGGCCAUCCGCGUCAAACGAACGGCGGCACUACAGGCGACCACACCACCGGUGGAAGAAAGGAAGACUGACCCACCUGGGUCAGGUGGGACAACGGGGUCUGCUUCUGAGAACGUGGCGGCGGAUAUCGUGUCCUAUGAUGAUUGGGGUGCCAACGUUGACGAUGAGCUUGAGGCUCUGAUUGACAAGGUCACCAACUGGCAGCCCUCAGCGGCAAGCACCACCCAGGAGAAGCAGCAAACAGCGGCAUCGCAGGCUUCGGCAUCCGCUGCUCAUGCGACACCCACCGACGAGCCAACAUCGUCUCUACCGGUCUACGGCUACUCGCUCUCGGUGGACGAGGAGCCCUACCACCCUGGCGACCAGGGCGCCAAGAGCCCUGAGGAAGAGAGCGAUGAAGACGAGCUGGAGGACGACGACAAGGCCGCUGCGUCCGACGCACACGUCAUGCAACUCUACAAACGGUACUGCAACGAUUCCAGCCAGCAGCCGCCGCCGCCGCCGCCGCAGCAGGCCAGCAAGACCGCAGACACGAAGCGGCCAGAGAGGCGAGGCAGCACGUCAUCAUUCGACGACAACGAAGGCAACGAGCGCGACGGUUCAGAGGUCAUGGGCGAGGAGCCGUACGAGGCCGACGACCCCGACGUAAGGGCUCUCCGCGCCUUCCAGCUGCGCGUUGCCCGCAGCCCACAGCAGGUCGUCCGCUACUCAUUCGGCGGCACGCCGCUCUGGCUCAAAGCGCGUGACAAGGAGCCCGGUGGCGGGGACGGGGAGCGGUGCGGGGCGUGUGGCGGCCGUCGUGUGUUUGAGAUGCAGCUGCUGCCCACCCUCCUGACGCAGCUGCAGUCGCGACUUGGCCAUCUGCUGGCCGAGGAGAGGAAGAGAGAGGCAGGCGGCGAUGGUGGCGAGACGGCUGAGGGUGUUAGGUCGUGUAUGUGGGAUUUGAGUCGUGUGGCGUCUGGGGAGUGGGGCACUGUGGUGGUGAUGUCUUGUGAGGCUGACUGCGGGGGGGAUGGGGAUGGGCGGGUGGAGGAGGGGGUGGUCGUGCAGGAAGAGGCCUGACAUACAUGACUGACAGGGUCUGUCUGAUCGCAUACAAGGCACUUGUCUGCUUGAAGAGGGAUGUCUGUUGGCUGCAUGUGGUGUGGAUUAUGACUUGAAUGAAUGACUUGAAGUGCAAUU